AUGGCUGGGGUUUCUCUCGGUGGCCACACUGCCUGGCGUAUUGCUUCUUUGGCUUCACCUGGCCAGUUCCACGCAUAUGCGAUGAUCGUCGGGUGUCCGAAGCUGAGUUCUCUGCUUCUUGACCGAUUGAAGCGUAAUUCCACGGAGUCAGAGAAACAGCAAAGCCGGUGGCCACAAGCAUUAUCUGAGAUUGUCGAUCGCGAUGACCGGGAAGUUGCUAAUUAUUUCCCGAACAAUGUACCGCUCCUGCUGUGCAAUGGAGCGUAUGACCGGUUGGUCCCCGCCAAAUACACUGCAGAAUGGAUAGAAGAGAGGCGGAGCAAAGGGUGUGAGCAGGAUAUCACCUUCUAUGUGCAAGAAAACACAGGCCACAGCUGUACCAAGGAAAUGGUUGCGAUGAUGGCGGUAUGGCUUCGAGAUAUUCUUCCAGCUCCUUCUUCCCACCCUGUUCUUUAA